AUCUCAUCCCAUGGUAAAUCCUAUAUCGAUCGAUCGUCGACGUAUAAAUCACAGACAUCCAUAGGAGCGUGGACACUCUGAGCAUAGCCUACAUCCGUUUUAGCAUCCCGUCGAUCGCGUGGCUCUGGUGAUCACGAUCAGGUCCUCAAUUCUACCGGCUUUGGAAUCUCGGCAUAACAUCCUCCCAUGUCUUCGUCCUUUCGAUCUUCCCUGGGACCUCCCGCCAAACGUCUCAGAUCUGGGUCGAGCUCGUCAGUCAAGUAUGAUACAAACAGGGAUGAUUACUCGGAAGAAGAGGAGACCGAAUCGAACGGUCAAUCCCUUGAACCGCAAGCCAAGGCGGGUCGAGUCAAGAGGGAACACUCACCUAGACCUCUGGCCGUAACGUGUACUCAUUGUAGAUCUCGCAAAAUCAAGUGCGAUAAUGCCAAACCUGCGUGUACCAAUUGUAUCAAAGCUGGACACGACUGUGUAUACCUUGCGAAGCAAAAGCCGGGAUUGAAGGCUGGGACAGGAGAAACGAUGCUGAGGCGCAUAGAAUCGCUGGAAUCCGAAUUCGAACGAUACAGACAAAUGAAUGAACGUCGCGUCAACGACCUUGAGAGCUGGCGACGCAUCGUUGGCUCAAAUAUUCAAGGUUCCGGAAGCAUGCCGCCCAGUCUCAUGCAGCAAUCGAGUAGCAUGCAAAUCGGCGGCAUGGUUUACAACGGUACACAAUCUGGCAUGAGCGAUAUGGGACCGCCCAGUAUGCAUGCAAAUCCGAGGACGAAUCAGGCAUCUGGCGUACAGUUGGGGACAGACCCGAUGUUUGGAUAUCAGCCGAGGAACGAUGGGUCUCACGACAUCAUGCGUGACAGGCAAAUGUCAACUGCAAUCAGCCCCCUGGCACACCUCGACCCCUCGAUUGGCAACGUCUCUUCUGGUGGACCACCCUCGCAACCACAAUACAACAGUAUACAGGACAGCAAGGAGUAUGCGGACCUUGCCGGGUAUGAUGCACCCAUUUGGCGACCAGACAUGGUGUUGCCGAGAGACGACAUCGUGCAGGACCUGAUCGCCAUCUACUUCGAUAAAAUCGCGCCUUCAACUUUCAUCAUAAUCCCUCGUCACGACGAAGUUUGGGAGCCGCCGUGGAACAUCGUCGUAUACGGUAUCGUCGCCGUUUCACUACGCUUUUCCCAGGACAACCGAGUACUAGAGUAUCGGGAUCAGAUCCAUACGGCAGCCAGGCGAUACGUUUACUUGGAGGCUAUGGAGCAGCUCACCUUCGACGCGCUGCAAGCGUUGGCGCUGUUAUCCAUUGAUGUCAUCGGUAGCGGGAAGGGCGUCGAAGGGUGGGGCUGCAUUUCCCUGUUAACCCGGUCAGCGGUGACGGCCGAUCUGCUACGCGAAUCGGGCAUGGACAAUGUCGAGGCGAACAACGGGCAAUACACGAGCGGGUCUGGUACCCCUCGAUUCCCAAGCGCUCUCAGCAAGACAUCGAUAUUACAGAAUCCUUCCAGCUGGAGAGAAGACGAAGCACGGCGGAGACUUUUCUGGUUGAUCUUUGCGCUGGACCGAUAUACGUGUACCACAACUGCGAUUGAAACAGCAAUACCCGCCCAAGAUAUACGGAGACGACUCCCAUGCGCCGACGAUCUGUGGAAGGGGGAUGACUAUUAUACGGCGGACACCUUUAUAUCGCCGCUCAACCUGUAUGGGAGAAACUCGGCUUCCCUGGCGACAUUGCAUCCGGCGGCAUUCUUCGCAGAGGCGCUCGACCUCAUGGGUAGAGCUCACGCAUUACAAUCACGCUCGGUCGAUGUACACGAUCCGCGGGCGAUGGAGAUGCGGCGGGACGCCUCAGCAGCCAUUGUUGGCGCCGCAACGCGAUGGUACAUGGACAUACAACCUGCAAUUGGGAGAUAUGACGACAAAGGUCCUAUUUCUGCUCUGAACCUCUUGACCCACGGCAUAUAUCAUGCAACAAUUCUGAAAUUGCAGUCAUUCCACGCCUAUCCAGCUCUAGCAACAAACGGAAGCAUAGUCGAGCCGUAUGCUACCGCGUGUCUCACAUCGGCAAGAGCCAUCACGACUCUCAGUUGUCGUGCGACUGGGUCCUUCGAUACGACUGCCCCCAGCGUCUCCCCCAUCUUCAUUUGGUGCUGCUGGAUAGCUGCGAGAGUGUUUUUCGUCAAUUCCUGCCUGGGAGCACAAAUCAACAUCGAACCAGAGUUCAAGGUCAUUCUGGGUUCGAUGAAGGCUAUGGCGGUGCAUUGGCAGCUGGCAGACGACUAUGUUCAUCUCUUGCUGCGAGCUGAGCGGAAAUGGCACUCACUCGCCGUCGACAUGCACAAUUCGCCGGCGUCCGGUUCGUUAUCGGAAGCGGUUUCAGUCCUGCUGGACCUGAAGAAGACGGGCGCGCAAGCCCUACGGAUAGGAAAAUACGACGUCACUCCACCAGAACCCGCACGUCUAGCCGAUCAGGGACCCUUUGGCGGAGCAACUCCGAAUUGGCCCAGGACGGCUGGUCAAGCCAUGCCUUCGUACGGCGAAGUACAAAAUUGGUUUGAUACCUUGGAUCUUUUCGCCAGCCCAGGAGGAUUCGGGCCGGUCUGAAGUGGGUUCAAUCGCAAUCGUUGAAUAGGAUGCGGCCGCUUGGUUGUGCAGAUGGUUAUAUUGAUUCCACGCAGGUAAAGGGAAUGCUAUGUGUACUUAGCAGCAAUGAUGUGAGCGGAGGAUAGAUGUUCGGGUGUACAAGGCCAUACGCGCUCGAAUGCACUUGAACUGAGCGAACCACCAAGGUGCUUCUCGUCAAAUUUCACUUUGUUUCGCCGCUUUCACCAUGACUAUUGGCUACAAGCCUAGUGGUCAUUGAUAUCCCAAAGUGUUUAAAGACAGCGCGGCCUCGAUUGGAAUACGGAUCAAAAAAAGAGACUAUAUAGUCUUGUUAUAAGAAGGAUCGAGUAGUUACAACGCU